AUGGAAUCAACUUACAACCCUCCCCUCUCUUUAACAAUCAUAGGUACAAUUUUCAUCGGUCUUGCGACUCUUGUGGCGGCAUGGAUUACGUUCGAUAUCAUUGUUCGGCGGGGUUGGGAGACGAUGAUGGCUAUCAUGAUUCCGGUGUAUAUCUUGAAUGCACUGUAUCUGGCUCCUAUUACUCUUUGGACGUACUUGAAAUACGGACGACCCGAGAAGAUGGGUGGGAAAAUGAAAGGGAUGGAUGUGGGGAGUGAGAAAAAGACUGAAGCUUCUGAAGCCCCGCCUGAUAAUCAUGAUAUGAAGGGGCAUAAGCAUAUGCAGAUGAUGAAAACGGAAGAACCAAGCCACGGUAUGAGCGGCCAUGACCAUAUGGGGAUGAAACUUGAUGGCGAACACCACGAUAUGAGCAGUGAGGCCGAUAUGUCUGACCGGGGCCAUCAUCACGGAAUGAUGGACAAUCACGAAACGAAUCAAGAAGGCGGAUUCCAAGUGGAUCACUCGCAGCAUAUAGGUCACAACAUGGCUGGAAUGCGCCACAUGAAUCUUGCUAUGGAGGGAUACGACAUGUCAGCAGGAACCCCAGCAAACACACGUAUUGAACAGCCUCCAAACACGCCAGCAAAGCAGCACGACAUGUCCCACAUGGGCCACAUGGACCAUGAAGCAAUGGAUCACAGCGGCAUGCACCACGGAGCAAUGCACAACAUGCACAUGCCUUCCCCGGACCAGCCCAUGUUCCCUACAGUAACCAUAGCAGUCUGCCACUGCGGCGCGGGCUGCCUCCUAGGAGACAUCGUUGGAGAAUGGCUUGUUUUCGGGACGAACGCUACACUUGGUGGGAAAUCCAUUGGGCCUGAGUUUCUCAUCGACUACGCAUUCGCCCUCCUCUUCGGCAUCGUCUUCCAAUACUUCUCCAUCGCGCCCAUGUCCGGCGGCUACGGGCCCAAAACGCUCUGGCGCGCCGCGAAAGCGGAUUUCCUGUCACUCACCUUCUUUGAAAUUGGGCUGUUUGGGUGGAUGGCUAUUUUUCAGUUUGGGAUUUUUGGGCAGAGGCUGGGGAUGGAUAAUGUGGUUUAUUGGUGGAUGAUGCAGGUGGGCAUGUUCUUUGGGCAUUGGACGGCUUUUCCGAUCAAUUGGUGGUUGAUUACGAGUAAUGUUAAGGAGAGGGUGGUUUGA